CUCUUCCGCUCUCCCCGAGUGCAGCGGCGCUGAGGUCCGCGCUGUCUGGCUCUUCCUGCCGCGCUCCUACUCCCCUCUCGUGACUUACUUGGCGAGCCCAUGGCGGUGGUGGCAAGGGGACGGUGCUUCCCUCGGGCAUGGCUCCGCAGGAGGGCCUGGCAGGGCUGCGGCCGGGAGUACCGCGUCGCGAUUUGCACGGAGUUGAAGCAGCCCCUGGCCAUUGAGGAAGUCAGUCCCCGCUCUGUCCGUCCUCAUGAGGUCAGAGUUGACGUCCACUUCUGUGGGGUUAACUUUGCUGAUAUACUAAUCUGCCAUGGUCAGUAUCAGGAAAAGCCCCCUCUUCCCUUCACACCUGGGAUGGAGUUUUCUGGGAUAGUAUUGGAGACAGGCGCAGAUGUCAGCACAGUGAAACAGGGAGAUUCGGUUAUUGGCUGGAGUGUCCUUAAUUGUCUGGCUGAAGAAUGCGUCAUUGACGAGAAGACACUGUGGAAGAUUCCAGAAGGGGUCACCCUCAGAGAAGCUGCUGCCCUGCCUAUAACUUAUGGCACUGCUAUUUUGGCCCUGGAGCAUCGGGCUUGUACCCAGCCGGGAGAAACUGUCUUAGUGACAGCAGCAGCUGGAGCCACAGGCCUUGCAGUGAUAGAUGUGGCAACAAAUGUUCUUCAGGCCAAGGUAAUAGCUGCAGCCGGAAGUGAGCAGAAGUGCAGGCUGGCGAUGCAGAGAGGUGCGCAUUCCAGCGUGAACUAUAGUCAGGGCAGCCUGAAGGAGGCAGUGAGGAAGCUGGUGGGCAAUGGCGGGGUGAACGUGGUCAUCGACACCGUGGGAGGAGAUGUCUUCCUGGAGGCCCUCCGCAGCCUGGCAUGGGAGGGCAGGAUCGUGGUGGUGGGGUUUGCUGGAGGAACCAUUGCUUCUGUGCCAGCCAACCUCCUACUCCUGAGGAAUAUCUCUGCCAUGGGGAUAUCCUGGGGCCAGUAUCGACACAAGAACUUCCCCCUCUUCUCCAGUAUCCUGUCCUCGGCGCUUCAGUACUGCCAGCAAGGGCGCAUCCGGCCUCACAUUGGAGCGGAGUUUAAGCUGGAGGAGGUCAAUGAUGCCUUCCUUCAUGUGAUACAGCGAGAAUCCACUGGCAAGGUGCUUCUCUCUCUCAAAUAACUCCUCGCCUCAGCAACAAACUCAGCUUAUUCAAAUCCAAACUGAUCCCCUUUCCAAGGAACCUGAUUACCCUCCUGAGUUCCUAAAGGUGCCACCACCUUCCUUACUUAUCCAGAUUUAAAAUCUUAGAGUCACCUUUGAUUCUGUUUCUUUUUUUAUUGCUCAUAAUUAGUGUGAUCAUAGUUUAAAUGUACAAACUUGAAACCUUUCGAGAGACAGAGUGAUGUUAAUAAUUACACCAGGAAAAUAGGUGUCCCAGGCAAACCAAGGCUGUAUGGUCACCCUCUUCAUAACGCAUCAAUUGCCAAUUUCUUUCAGUCCUACCUCUAAGGUAUCUCUCACUUCCAUAUCUUAGUUAUCUCUCAUUUGCUGUUUCCAGUGACCUCCUAACUGGCCUUCCUACCUUCAAGCCACCCACACCCUCUCCACCCAUGUUAUACAUUAUUGCCGUGGUGACCUUCCUGAAGCAUAACUACGUCUAUGUCUUGUCUCAGAAAACCCACAAGUGGCUCAACGUUGGCUACAUGGUGGAAUUCAGACUCCUUGAGGUAGCUUUUAAUUAUGACCAUGACCUUGCCCUUCUCUACUUUCUACCCUUACAUUCUACCGCUUCACUGGUCCCUAAGCAUACACUGUACUUACCUGCUAUCUCCCUUUGCCCAUGCCAUUCUCUGGACACCCUCAUCUCUGUCAAACAUAAGCCUUCCUGACCUUAGGACCUGGCCUCUGAGCCUUCAAUUUCUCAACUGUAAAGUCAAUAUUACAAUAUCUACCUUACAAGGUUGUUGAGAACAAUACAUGCAAUGAUUGUGUAAAACACAUGGUAAGUGAUUAGCAAAUGCUAGGUACUUUCCCUUCUUUCUCCUCUCCUUUCCCAAUGUAUUACUCAAUUGUAAAUACUCAAUAAAGUGAAUUGAAUUUGAAUUACUUGCAAGUCUUGAGUUGUAGAAUUAUGUUCAGACUUUGUUAC